AUGCUCCCCCACGCCGGGACCAAGGUCCCUCAGUCGGGGACUUCCAGGGCCAAAUCAGACCUUCUGGCAAUCAUCGUGGCCAGGAAGUCCUCGACAAAGAGCCCUACUGGGCCUACUGGGCUAGAGAGCAGUCCACCUCAGUAUACAUGCAGGACUGUUGUUCUGGGAGUCAGACUGAUUAACUCUCCUCUUCUCUUCACUGAUCAUCAGCACACUGCAGAAAUGUCAAACUUUGGAGGCUGGAGCGACAUUAAACUGUUCGAUCCAGAGGUGAAAAGGAUUUGCUUUGAGGUGAGGCCAGAGAUAGAGAAGAAGAUUGGAACUGAUUUUAAGAUUUUCAUUCCUGUGGUCUAUUCUUCUCAACUUGUGCAAGGAACAAAUUACAUGUUCAAGGUGCUGGUUGAUGUAGAUGGGGAUGGAGUGUGUGUUCACGCGUUGAUAUUUCAGGCUCUUCCCUGUGAUGGAGGGGGACUGAUUGUGAGGGAAAUCCAGUGCCACAAAUCCGUUGAUGACCCACUGAUUCCUCCUAAACACUUACAGAAAUAGUCUUGAUUUAAUAACAGACACAUGCAAUGAACUGCCAUACUGUAUAGAGGAACAAUUGUAACCAUUUCAUUCCUCAAUAUUAAACCCCAUAAUCAAA